AUGAAAUGGCAAGUACGGUUCUUCGUUGCGAGUGUAUUCUGCCUGGGCACUGUUUUCAGCCAUAUUCGAUAUUCGGUAUCGGAGGAGAUGUCGAAGGGCUCGUUCGUUGGAAAUAUUGCUCAGGAUUUGGGAUUAGACAUUGCGAGGUUGGCGAGUGGAAGAGCUCGCAUAUAUGCUGCAGACAACAGUGAGUACGUCGAGCUGAUUCGUGACAAGGGUGUUUUGGUAGUGAGAGAAAGAAUGGACAGGGAAGCAUUGUGUGAGCAGACCUCGCCGUGCUCGAUCCAUUUUCAGAUUGUCCUGGACGAGCCCAUUGAAUUUCAUGGCGUUACGGUUGAAAUUUUAGAUAUAAACGACAACGCUCCUAUCUUUCCGAAAAAUGAGAUCAGGUUGGAGAUUAUCGAAUCCGCUUUUUCAGGCACAAGGUUUGUACUGGGUGGCGCAGUGGAUGCUGAUGUGGGUGUUAAUACGCUACAGAGCUACACUCUGAAGCCCACCGACAAUUUCGUGCUCAAGGUUCAAUCACAGCCAGACGGCAGCAUGCAUGUAGAGAUGGUACUGCAGACACAGCUGGACAGGGAAACGUCGGAGGAAAUGUUCUUAUUGUUAACUGCGGUAGACGGCGGGGAUCCCCAGAUGACUGGGACCGCUAAGAUUCAUGUAACUGUCCUUGACAGUAAUGACAAUCCGCCUAUUUUUACGCAGGCGGUUUACAAAGCCUCUAUAGCAGAGAAUAGUCUAAAAGGUUCGCUCGUAACCACAGUCAGCGCCACCGAUGCUGAUGAAGGAUCGAACGCCCAGGUUAUUUAUUCAUUUUCUGACAGUGUUGACGGCGUGGACGAAAUAUUUAUUAUGAACGAAUUCACAGGAGAAGUUACGUUAAUCGGACACAUUGACUACGAGAAAUCCAAAAACUACCAACUAAAUAUCCAAGCCAGAGAUGGGGGUGGCCUUACGGAUACUGCUAAAAUUAUAAUCGAAAUAGUUGAUGUUAAUGAUAACAUACCAGCAAUAGCUGUAAUGUCAUCCUCGAAAUCUGUGCCGGAGAACGUCUUGCCUGCAACUGUUGUGGCUGUCAUUAAUGUUCAUGAUGCGGAUUCGGGGAACAAUGGCCAGGUCAACUGCCAAAUAAGAGACGAUAUUCCAUUUAGACUUACAUCAUCAUCUAGUCACUAUUAUAGCCUGCUGACGGACACUGCAUUAGAUCGGGAAACAACGCCAGAAUAUAAUAUAACAGUAACCGCUGUAGAUAGCGGCGUACCCUCACUUUCCAGUAAUUUGACUUUGAUUUUAAAAGUAUCUGAUAUUAAUGACAACUUUCCCAUAUUCGAAAGUAGCGCGUAUCAGGCAUUUAUUGUAGAAAACAAUACCCCCGGCCUCUCCAUUUUAUCAGUGAGAGCUAAAGACGCUGACUGGAACCAGAAUGCUCGUAUCUCUUAUAUAUUAGAAGACGCGACGGUUAAUGGCGUGUCCGUCUCCUCAUAUGUGUCUGUGAACUCUGACAGUGGAGUCAUCCACGCGGUGCGCUCUUUUGACUACGAGCAGAUUAAGGAUUUCCAGUUCCGCGUAAAAGCGCAAGAUGGAGGCUCUCCUCCACUGAGCAAUAAUGCGACGGUGAAGAUUUUUAUCCAAGACCAGAACGACAACGCGCCUCAGAUUCUCUACCCAGUACAGACUGGUGCCUCUCAUGUGGCUGAAAUGGUUCCUCGUUCGGCUGAUGUUGGAUAUCUCGUCACCAAAGUGGUCGCUGUUGAUGUGGACUCUGGACAGAAUGCCUGGCUCUCAUAUAAACUGCUGAAAGCGACAGACAAGGCUCUGUUUGAAGUGGGCUUACAAAAUGGAGAAAUUAGAACUUUACGUCUGGUCACUGAUAAAGAUGUUGUGAAACAAAGAUUAGCUGUUGUAGUGGAGGAUAACGGGCAGCCAUCUCGCUCAGCUACGGUUAAUGUGAACGUGGCGGUGGCCGACAGCUUCCCGGAAGUACUUUCAGAAUUCACUGACUUUACGCAGGGCAAGGAUUACAAUGACAGCCUUACGUUUUAUUUAGUCUUGGCUCUUGCUGUGGUUUCAUUCCUAUUCAUCGUCUCAAUCAUUGCCAUGGUGACAGUGAAGUGCUAUAGAUGGAGACGCGAACGAUUAUUUUAUAAAUCCAACGGAAAUCUCCCAGUUAUCCCCUAUUAUCCACCGCUUUACGCAGACGUGGGAGGAACCGGAACUCUUCAGCGUGCUUAUAAUUACGAGGUAUGCAGAACUACUGACUCUAGAAAGAGUGAUAUGAAGUACAUCAGACCUUGCAGUCAGAGCAUCAUUAGUCUGGACGCCUGUGGAACGCAAACACUACAGCACGCACCAGAGAAAGGGAUUGAUGAGUCAGAGAAUCAGGUGAGAUUUUUCCACUGA